AUGCUGGAGCAUUCUCUAAAUUAUUUAUGGGAAACUGAAGUGUUGGAACAGCUUUGUAAAAUAUUCGAGUGUCCGAGAUCGUGUGGUCGUCAGUAUAAGAAUAAAGCAGCACUUGAAAAUCAUAUGAAGAAGUUGAAGUGUCCCGAAGGAAACAAAAGACUAUUCAUAUGUUCCGAAUUACAAUUCAAUGUAGUUUUUGUUUGUCCGAAUGGUUGCGGUCGUCAGUAUAAAAGUAAAGGCCCACUUCAGAGACAUUUGAAAUACGAAUGUGGCCAAGAAAAGCAGUUCGAAUGUUCCGCGUGUUCUAAGAAAUUCAGCCCAGUAUCCGGCACUGAGACGACGUUUGUUUGUCCUAAUGCUUGCGGAUGUCAGUAUACUUAUAAAAGAUCUCUUCAAAGGCAUUUGAAGUACGAAUGUGGGCAAAGUAAACAACAAUUCAAAUGUCUGCAUUGUGAUAGACUGUUCUCUCGUAACGAUAAUUUGAGAGCUCAUUAUGUUGUGGCUCAUAAUACAUUAUUAGAUUGA